CAGCCCCUUGAUCAGUGACAGCUAAGACUUCCGCCAGUAUUUCCUGAGGGCUUUCGGUUUGCUUCGCUGCAGAGUUGUCGUUGAGUGACGAUUGUAUAUACCUAAGAAAAAGAAAAAAAAGUGCUGGUAGUAUUUAUCGAUAAAAUUGGUCGGUCGAUAUGCGACGUAUGUAUAUGAAUGAAGCUCUACCCAUAACAAAGAUGGUGGCGCCAGCCUCAUCCAGGAGACUGUAAUGUUUCGUAGAACUAUUAGAACAUAGAAGUACUACCUGCUGAAUACCUGUUCGCUGCAACUCACCUGAACAAUGGGGUCUCCGGAAGAUGUGCUCACAGACACCACAAAGCUGGCAUCUUACACUAUGCUUCUGCAGGUUCUCUUUCGUCUCCUUACUUUUGCUUUAAAUGCAUUUACUCUGCGGUAUGUUUCAAAGGAAAUCAUUGGCAUUGUAAACGUGCGGCUGACCCUAUUAUAUACCACAGUAGUGUUCCUUGCCCGAGAAGCCUUUCGAAGAGCUUGCCUGAGCCACUCCACCAGGCAGAGCUGGACACAGACUAUACACCUGACCUGGCUUGCUGUUCCAUUAGGAAUCGGCUGGUCGUUCAUUCUAGGGUGGAUAUGGCUUAGAGUCUUGGAAGUCCCGGACCCUGAAAUCAUCCCACAUUAUGGCAUCAGCGUUUUGGCUUUUGGAGUGUCUGCUGUGGUGGAACUUAUAGCAGAACCAUUUUGGGUACUUGCACAAGCUCAUCUUUUCGUAAGGCUAAAGGUGGUUGCUGAGAGUCUUGCAAUUAUUAUACGUUGUUCAGUCACCGUAAUUCUGGUGCUUCUCUUUCCUCAAUGGGGACUUCUCAUAUUUUCAUUCACUCAGAUUCUGUACACCAGUCUGCUGGCUUUGUGUUACAUAUUGUACUUUGCAAAGUUCCUGGGCUCUAAGGAGGCAGAGAAAAAGCAAUUCCCAUUGCAAAGUAUGAAGGAAUUCUUGCCUAGAUACUCUGCAAGUCAGGACUUCAUAGACUGGAAACAGGCCUGGCUAUCCUGGAGUUUCUUCAAGCAAUCAUUUUUAAAGCAGAUUUUAACAGAAGGUGAACGCUAUGUAAUGACCUUUCUGAAUGUAUUAUCAUUUGGUGAUCAGGGAGUGUAUGACAUAGUGAACAAUUUGGGCUCUCUUGUAGCACGAUUUAUUUUCUUGCCUAUAGAGGAGAGCUUCUAUGUGUAUUUCUCAAAGGUACUGGAAAGAGGAAAAGAUGUUACGAGUCAGAAGAAGGAAGACAUUUCUGCAGCAUCUGCAGUCCUGGAGUCCCUUCUUAAACUAGUAACUCUGAUUGGCCUUAUUAUCGUUGCAUUUGGAUAUGCCUAUUCCCAGCUCGCUCUUGAUCUUUAUGGAGGAUCUAUGCUGAGUGGAGGCUCUGGUCCUGUUCUUUUGCGCUGCUUCUGUUUGUAUGUUCUCCUGCUGGCUAUUAAUGGCGUUACUGAAUGCUUUACCUUUGCUUCAAUGAGUAAGGAGGAAGUAGACAGGUACAAUUAUGUCAUGCUGGGCCUUUCCCUCAGUUUCCUCUGCCUCUCCUACUACAUGACUCUUUGGUUAGGAAGUGUGGGAUUUAUCUUUGCAAACUGUUUUAACAUGGGCUUACGGAUCACUCACAGCUUACUCUACAUUAGGAGAUAUUUCAGGGAGAGCCCCUACCAGCCCCUAGCCGGGCUUCGUCCAUCCGCUGCUGUCGUUGGUGUUCUUUGUCUCUGUGCUGCAGUAACCGGAUAUUCAGAGAUGAAUCUGUGCUGUGACAUGGGCUGGCCGUAUCGUCUUGCACACAUCUUCAUUGGAUCUCUAUGUCUGGCUGCGACAUUGGCUGCUCUUCUCCUUUCAGAAAGCAAACUGAUUCAUUUCAUACGUAGCCAUUUUCUGUCAAAAAAGCCAAAGAAGAAGGUUUAGCAAAUGUUCCGAACUGGAUGGUUGGUUAUCUGGAAAUUAGUGUAAACCUUAGGAUGUUAUGCAAUUCCCUCUUAUUUGUGGAUAUUACAAUCUAUGGACUGUAACUAUAUUGAUGAGACCAAGAAGGUGAAGGGGAGAGACAAAAGGAUAAAUAAAAUAUAAUGGACCAAUACAGAGGGAAAAGGGCAUCGUGGUUCAUGAAUUAUUCCAAAGACAACAA